AUGGCCGCCUCUCAGCGUCGUGCCAUGGUAGCCGACGGCUACGAGUCGCCCACUGAAGAUAACCAGCCAUCCUUCUUCUAUGGCUCGACUCCCACGGCAUCUGGGACUAACACGCCAGCCAGGAUGUCAUUCUCGGCUCCAAACCUUACGCGUGCGGCCUUCCUUGCUCAGGGUUCUCGGCGUUCACAUGUUGGUCUCCAUCCUGCAGGUCGAGAUAUAAACCACGACGGAACCCCAGUUUCACAUACCCCUCCAAAUCUUGAUACCGUCAUACUAGACAAGGAGAAUCAAGCUUUGCCUCGCCGAGUCGGCCUGCGGGACCGCAUUGCCUGCUAUCAAUGGACUUUCUUCACCAUGACAAUGGCUACCGGAGGAGUAGCUAGUGUACUUCAUGGAUUGGUUUACAGGCCGGAAUGGGUAACUGGGUUUGGCAUCUUCUUCUGCCUGCUCAACAUUGUGUUUUUCCUUGCCAACUGUGUCUUUCUCUCUAUGCGGUUUUAUCUGCGGCCUGGAAGCCUUACCAAGUCCUUUACUGAUCAAGUUGAAUCGUUAUUCAUCCCUGCUUUUUUCGUCUCUAUUGCAGUCAUUCUUACCAACGUCUGCCAAUAUGGCGUUCCACAUUGCGGUGUCUGGCUCAUUAAAACACUGCAAGUCCUAUUCUGGAUAUACACUGGGCUGAGCGCCAUUGCCAGUGCUGGACUGUAUCUCAUCCUUUGGUCAACACUGUACGAAAUAUUUCCGAUCCACAUGAUGACUCCUACUUGGGUAUUUCCCGCAUAUCCUCUCCUGCUCACGGCACCGUUUGCCAGCAAUCUCAUCUCAGCAGCUUCUGACGCAGGUCAUAUUGACGUGCUAUAUGCUCCCGCUAUUGCUUUCUCGGCAGUUUCCACCCAAGGCACGGGCUGCUUAAUUUCUCUCAUGAUAUCUGCCGCCUUCAUCUAUCGAUUGAUGACCCAGAAACUGCCUCGGGACUUUCAGCGACCUGGUGUCUUCAUUUCUAUUGGACCUUAUGCUUUCACCGCGGGAUCAAUUGCACAGCUUGGUAGUGAAGCCAAUGUUAUCCUUCCAUCGAAUUUCCUUGGCACAGAACAUAGCGUCGAAAUUGUGAAAAUCAUGGCUCUGCUCGUUGCCCUUUGGUUCUGGGGCCUUUCCAUGUGGUUUUUCCUGGUAUCUGUCGGAUCACUUUGGAAGUACCUGCGGGCGCGGAAGGGUAUGCCAUUCCAAAUGACCUGGUGGUCAUUUGUAUUUCCAAACACGGCUCUUGUAAGCUUCACUGACUUCCUUGUCGUUCUCCGUGUGCUCAUCUCACACACUUUCUCUGACUCACACUUUUGA